AAAACUGGACUUUUUAUUUAAAAAAAACUUUGAAAAUUUAAGUGAAUAAUGUGCUAAAAGCGAAAAAAAUGAUGCAAAAAAUAUAUAUUUUAAUAAUUUUCUUGCAAAUUAAUUUUUUGUGGGUGUUUUGUCAGAAUCAACCUCGAAUUUUAUCACAAAAUGGAAAUUUAAAAAUUGAAGUAGGAGACAACAAAACAAUCUCUUUCCGGACAAGAAAUUUAGUCGUCAACGAUAUUGAUCUCAUCCCCAUGCUAAAUGGCAUCCAAAAUAAAUCCGUGUCACAAUCGACUGACGAAUUGGGUUUAUCAGACCAAAUAGCUCGAAUCCGAAGAAUUUUGUACAACAAUGGGGGCGUCCUUCGUCGGAUACAGCGAUUAGAAAAUCGCACACGAAAUGUCAGACCGGGAGGCAAUAACGUGAAUUUAGAUCGUAUUCGACGUCGUUUACGAGUUUUGGAGACACGAGUCAACAGAAUCACGCUAAAACUCCGCGAAGAUAAUUGUCGUUCGAAUCCAUGUCAAAAUGGUGGAACUUGCUUCGACAUGUACGACUCCUUCUUUUGUCAAUGUCCCAAAAAUUGGCAAGGUCGUUCAUGUAGCGAAGACGUUAAUGAGUGCGCUUUGUUCGCUGGCACAGAUUUGGGAUGUCAGAAUGGCGCGUCGUGCGUUAACAUGCAAGGAAGUUACGAGUGUCGUUGCGCUCCGGGCUUCUUUGGGACACAUUGUGCCAGCAGAACGAACGAUUGCAGCACAUCGGGCGCGGAAUUGUGCGGACAUGGCGUUUGCGUGCAUGCCAACAACCAAAAUGGAUAUAAAUGUAUUUGUGAUCAAGGGUGGAAAACGAAUGAUAUAACGCCAGCAUGCACGGUUGAUGUGAAUGAGUGUCUCGAAAAUAAGCCGCAUUGCUCGAAAGAUCCCGAAGUGGAUUGCAUAAAUUUGCCGGGAAGCUUCAUGUGUGGGCGAUGUCCUCCGGGAUACACGGGAAACGGAUAUUAUUGCACUGAUGUCGACGAAUGUGAGUCGAAUAAUGGAGGUUGUAGCACAGCACCGUUCGUUGAGUGCAUUAACACAAGAGGAUCUGUGAGAUGCGGAAGUUGCCCGCAUGGCUUCACGGGUGACGGAAAAACUUGCGUUGCAUCAACGGGAUUCGCCUGUUCAAACGACAACUUGUGUCACCCAUUGGCGAGAUGCGUUGAAUACCAAAAUAGCAUCGUAAAUUGCAUUUGCCCGCCGGGUUACGCUGGAUCUGGCUACGGACCCCAAGGUUGCCUUCCAUCCAACGACACAAGUGCAUGUCCAAGUAAUUUCUGUCAAAAUGGGGGCACAUGUUACGUAAACGGCACCUCGUUUGCAUGCCGUUGUCCUCCCGGAACGCUCGAGCCAAAUUGUUACAGCAGGGUACGAAUGUGCGAUACAAAUCCUUGUCUCAAUGGCGGCACUUGCACCGAUCGCGAUGGAUCGUUUUACUGCUCUUGUCCGCGAUCGUUCACCGGAAUUCGUUGUCAAACGCCGAAAAGAAGUUGCGGCGGUCGUCUAAGACAAAAUAAUGGCACUUUGAAAUAUCCCGAGGGCAGUGAUCAGUACAGACAUAAUACACGAUGUGCUUGGAUCAUUCAAACGUUGAACUCGUCGAUGGUGCUUAACGUGACUUUCAAGUCGUUCGACUUUGAGGGUGCCGUUCGUGGUGAAUGUCGUUUCGAUUGGCUGCAAAUUCACGAUGGCCCGACUUCGUCUGCCUACAUGAUUGGUCGUUUUUGCGGAAAUGCCCUGCCAAAAGGCGGAAAUAUUCUUUCGACGCACAACGCCUUGUAUUUGUGGUUCCGUUCGGACAACAGCACGGCGCACGAUGGCUUCGAAUUGACGUGGGAAGCCAUCCAACCGGUUUGCGGAGGAGAUUUUGAAGUCACCAGUCAUGGCGUAAUUAGUUCUCCUGGAUCUCCCGGCAAUUAUCCCAUGAACCGAGAUUGCUACUGGCGUUUGACAGCACCUCCGGGAAAACGGCUCCAAUUGAAUUUCCAUUCGUUGCACAUUGAAGCGCAUGUCGAUUGUGCCUACGAUUUCUUGGCAGUUUACGACGGAAACAACCAAGAGUCUCCGUUACUCGAAAAAUUCUGUAAUUCAUCGAAUCCGGAACCGCUAUUGACCCCAAAGAACGAAGCUCUUUUACAUUUCCACUCGGAUGACGACAACUCAGACACGGGUUUUACGAUUUCCUACAACGUUCAGCCAGGAAUUCCGGGAUGCGGAGGACUUUACACUGCCGAAGAAGGGCUUUUGACGUCGCCUGUCUCGUAUGAGGACAAAACUUACCCAAAUAACGUGGAAUGCGAUUAUCUGAUUAGACAACCGAAAAAUGUAAAGAUUCAAUUGACCAUCAUGGAAUUUCAUCUGGAGGACAGUAGCGAUUGCAACUUUGAUUAUCUCGAGAUUUACGAUGGCAAAAGCACGAGUGAUCCUCUCAUCGGUCGUUUUUGCCACACAUCCAUUCCGCGAAGCAUCAAAUCCGAAAGCAACGAAAUGCUGUUGAGAUUCAAAACGGAUUGGUCGACCGCGCAUGGCGGAUUUAGCAUCAAGUACAAAGCGAUAUGCGGCGGCACGUUCUCCGAGUCAUCUGGCAUCAUCACGAGUCCCUAUUACCCGAAAGAGUAUCCCGGAUCUGCGGAUUGUCGAUAUGAGAUAGAGGCUCCUUUGGGAUCUGCCAUCGAACUUGACUUUGAGGACUUGGAUAUGGAACAAAAUGCAGAAUGUAGUUAUGAUUUUAUUGAAAUUUUCGAUGGACACACCUCAAUUGGGAAAUAUUGCGGUUCUAGUAAGCCAUCGCGAAUCGUUUCUACUUACAACUAUUUGACGAUUGCCUUUCAAACGGACAAUACGAUGCAUGGACGAGGUUUUAAGGCGAAUUACACUUUUGUCAAUUUGAAAUGCGGUGGAAUUGUUAAAGCAAAUGGAAGUAUUAUCACGCCUCCGUUGCAAGAAGGCACGUACGAGAAUGAUUGUUCCUGCAAAUGGUUAAUUGUGGCACCGGAAGGCUUCAAUAUUCAAAUGAAUUGGGUGACGUUCGAGAUGGAAGGUCAUGAAAAUUGCACCUUUGAUUAUGUCGAAGUGUUUGACAACUCGACGCAAAGCGGUGCUUCGCUGGGAAGGUUCUGCGAAACGAUACCGCCAGUGAUGACGACUGUGGGAAAUAUUGCAACGGUGUUCUUCAAGUCGGAUUCUUCACAUGCCCUUGCUGGAUUUUCGUUGAGGGUGGACUUUAUGAAUGCUAAAGAAAAUUGUGGCGGAACAUUUUUCUCCAAAUCCGGUUACAUUCGCAGCCCGGGCUGGCCACAUUCCUACGUCAACAACAAAGCUUGCGAAUGGAUCAUACAAGUACCGAGCAACAAUCAAAUCCAACUGAGCUUCAAAAAUUUCAGCGUCGAAGAAUCAACGGACUGCAAAUUCGACAUGCUUCUGAUCCGAAAUGGCGCUCAAAAGACAUCUCCCUUAAUUGGAUCAUUUUGUGGAACGACUUUGCCACCGAACAUCAGAUCAUUCGGCAAUCAGCUGUACUUGCAAUUCGUUUCUGAUGGGUCUCGUAGCGAAGCUGGCUUCGAAAUUGAAUGGACAAGUGCCUCAACGGGAUGCGGCGGAACACUUUCAAGUUACAAAGGAACCAUCACAAGUCCUCAAUAUCCCGACAAAUACAGUGCUAAUGCUUUGUGCUCUUGGCGCGUCAUUGUGAGUCAAGGAUCAAAAAUUCGUCUCGUUUUCUCGGAUUUCGAUUUGGAAGCUGAUCCCAAUUGUAACUACGAUUAUUUGGAGGUGUUUGAUGGAAAGGAUGCCAGUGCCAAAUCUUUGGGCAAAUAUUGCGAUUCGAAUAAUCACCCGUUGGACUUGCAAACGACCAGUAAUUAUGCAUUUGUCCGGUUUGUGAGUGAUCGUUCCAAUCAAAAUCGCGGAUUUAGUCUCAAUUACAUGUCGGUUUGCAAUACAACACUCACCGGAUGGAACGGCGUCAUCGAGUCUCCGAAUUUCCCGCAAGAAUAUCCACACAAACUCCAGUGCGAAUGGAAAAUCGAGACCUACAAAGGCAACAAAGUCUAUGUGGAAUUCACAGAUUUCGAUUUUGAAGUGUCGCAUGGAUGGAGCCAAAAUACCUGUCCCUACGAUUACGUCAAAGUAACGCAAUACCAGAAAAACGAGACGGUCCAAAUGAACAAAUAUUGCGACGAAAAGCCAAAAAGUUUCACGAGUGUCGACAAUCAAGUGUCAAUUUUGAUGAGCACGGAUCAAAGUGGCCGCGGUAAGGGUUUCCGUUUGGAAUGGAGCACCGAAGGGUGUGGCGGCAUCCUAACAAAGCCACGUGGCACCUUGACGACGCCAAACUACCCGAAUGCGUAUCCGCAUGACGUGGAGUGCGUGUGGGACAUUCAAGUGGACUUCGGAAAAACCGUCGAAUUGACAAUAACUGAUCUCGACAUUGAAAAUUCGAAUGAUUGCAAGUUUGAUGGUCUCAAAAUAACGACGGGAGGCGAUUUGAAUCUGGAUGUGGCGACAUUGUGUCAUUCGGAUCGGGUUGAGCGGAAAAUUGUGGCACAUGGGCAUCAGAUGCGAGUCCAUUUCUUCAGUGACAGCUCACUGAAUCAUCGGGGCUUUAGUGCGACGUACAAUACAAUUGAUGCGGCAUGUGGUGGUUUGCUGACAAAUCCAUCGGGAAUGAUUUAUUCGCCAAAUUAUCCCAAAGUUUAUGGCAAAAAUGAGACUUGCGAGUGGCGAAUAACGGUAGAUGCCUCACACAAAGUCGAACUUUCGCUGAAAGAAUUUGAUUUGGAGCCAAGUAUGCUUUGCACGAAUGAUAUCUUGUACAUUUAUGACGGAGAAGUUGAGCGCGAGGAUAAAAUUCUUUUGAAGGCGUGUGGAAAUUCGAUGCCAAAUCAAACGUCUUUCACAUCGAGUGGCAAUAAUGUUCUGGUUGUCAUGAAAACAGAUGCGGAAGAGGAAUACAAGGGAUUCAAUUUGCAGUAUAAAACGUCGUGUGGAUCGUAUAUUCGCACGAACGAAAGUGGCAUGAUACAUUUGUCGGACAUCACGAGAAUCGAGAAUUAUAACUGCACGUGGGUCAUUGAGGCAGACGAUUUGAGUCAACAUGUGAGCUUGACCGUUACACAUAUUGAGAGCAUUUUUGGACGUCCGGGUGACACGGAUUGCUUUACUUUCUUAAGGAUUUUGGAUGGAACAUCCUUAGAUGGCCCCGAACGAGCUAAAAUUUGCGAAAUGAAAGCUCCCCCAACAAUUGUCAGUAACGGAAAUGCUUUAACAAUACAUUUGGAGGCCAACAGAACGUUCAGCGAAUCACUCAUUGGCUUAGACAUCGUUGUGCAAUACUCAGUAUUCGACAAUGCUUGUGGCGGUACUCUUACGAGCUAUUCAGGCAGCUUUGCUUCACCUUCGUGGCCACUUCCGUAUCCAGCCAACGUGGAAUGCAUUUGGAUCGUCAAAGCCUCACCUGGAAAUAGUUUGAGCGUCACAUUAAGAGAUAUCGACAUCGAAGAAUCCGAAAAUUGCAUAACAGAAUAUUUGGAAAUUCGUGAAAAUAACGGCGCUGGGCAACUUUUGGGAGUCUACUGUGGCACAACUAUCGAUCAAAAUCACACAAAUAUCAAUACUUACUGGAUUCGGUUCAAAAGUGGUCAAACGCCAGGUUCGUCAAAGGGAUUCAUCGCUGAUUAUUCUUAUGUCACACACAAUGAAUUAACGGCAUUGACUGAUGUUAUUACGUCACCUUUGUUCCCGCGACACUUCCUCGGAGAUCAUGAAAUGACAUACAGAGUCACGGUGGAAGUUGGAAGAGUAAUUUCUAUCGAUUUUGAGCGAUUGGCAUUCAGUUCUAAAUUAAAUGGAUUAUGCAUGGCUUUCAUCAAGAUUUAUGACGGAUAUGAUGAGACAGCAGUACCAUUAGUCGAUCAAUUAUGCGGCUUUGAGAUCCCAGAUGCCGUAACGUCAACCACAAAUGUCGUUUAUAUCGUCGCCAGGCUCGACAGUUUCAACUCGCACCGCGCAAAUAUGUUCAAAAUGCGAUAUCGUGCAAUAAAUCCGAAGAAAAUAACGAACGCAACACUAAUCGACGGUUGUGGCGGUGACAUUACACUCGAAAAAAGAGAUCAAUUCAUUAACGUGACAUCGCCCGGAUAUGCUAAUGGCGGAUAUGCACCAAAUCUGAACUGCACAUGGAACUUGUACAGCGCAAAUCCUCAAUUUCAUCCUGCAUUCUACUUUGCCGAAGUGGAUCUCGAGGACACAGUUGAUUGUUUGGGCGAUUACGUGCAAUUAUCGACGUCCAAAGAUGCUGUUUCAUGGACAAAACUGGAUCGCAUCUGCAAUGUGAAUUUCCGGAACACCUUAAUGUACCGACCGACGUUCGGAAAGCCGUAUUUAAGGGUGAAUUUCCGUUCGGAUUUCGCAACAAACCGCACUGGCUUUGCAGGAAUCGCCUUUUUGAGAUGUGGCGGUGAGCUAACGGGCCCUAAUGGGGUAAUUUCGAACAUGAAUACAACUGUGAUGUCCAUGAACGAUGUUUGUUUGUACAAUAUCACGGUUCGUCCCGGCAAAAUGAUCAAAUUCAAGUUCAAAUCGCUGCAUUUGCCCAAAGUACAGGAUAAAUGUGCGUCUUAUGUCAUGUUCAAGAAUGGGCGGGACGACACAGCUCCCCUUCUGGGUGACGGCAAGUAUUGCGGAGUUGAUGAAAAUUUUGAAAUUCCACAAACAUCGAGUCGGUAUGCUUUUAUAAAAGUUUUCACGCACAUCGCAUCCGCUAAUUACGCCUUGGAGUACACCGAAGUUGGCGUUGAGUGCGGCGGACAAAUUUUACUCACAGAACGAAUGAAUUCUUCGAAAAUUUCGACGCCAAAUUUCCCCAAUAUUCCGCAUCCGCACUCCGAAUGCAUCUGGAAUGUCGUUGCGCCGAACGGGGAAGCCAUUACACUUUCGUUCAUGUCGCAUUUUGACUUGUACCGAGCUUCGGAUUGCUCGCAGGAGUAUAUCGAAGUGCUGGAUGGCGGAUCUGAACGUGCAAAUGUCAUCGACAGAUUUUGCGGCAAUAGACCACCAAAUCCCAUCACAAGUACCUCGAAUAGACUUCGCAUCAAAUUCUUCACGGAUAUCGAUGAGCCCCGAAGUGGCUUCGAAGCUGAGGUCAAAAUCGCGACAUGUGGCGGAAAAUAUACGGCCAGUGACGGAACAAUUGCCUCAAACGGUUUCGGCAGUCCUGGGGCUUAUCCGGCAAAUACUGAAUGUGUUUAUACCAUCAGUGGUCCCUUGGGUCGAAAUCUCGAGCUGUCCUUCAAACAAAUGGAUUUGCCACAAAGCGAUAAUUGCAGCGAAGUUGAUCACCUGGAAAUCUACGUCGGAUCCUAUGCCUUUGAAGAAAACAGUAAUGGAAGGGAUUUGUACGGGAUAUAUUGCGGAAAUGUGCUUCCACCGAACAUAAAUGCCGGUUCCAAUGACAUUGUGAUAAAAUUCAAAACAUUUGCCGCCCAAACGACGUUCAAGGGAUUCCAAUUGCGAUAUAACGCCUCGUACAGGAGAUGUCGCCAAGAAAUAACUGCGGAAUCGGGUGUCAUUACGUCCUUCGGAUAUCCGAAUCGAAUUGUUAAUACGAUGUGUGAGUGGCGUAUCACGGUUCCCAAAGGUCGUCGUGUCACCGUUGAAAUUGUGGAUUUGGAUUUUUCCACAAGUAUUUCGUCCUAUAUGCAACGAAUCGCCUUUUACAACAGUUUUACGCCGAAAAAUCGCAUUAAAACGAUCCACGCAGGCGAUCCACUGCAAACAAUCAGCUCGUCCGACAAUAAAAUGCUCAUUUCCGCAUGGAGUCGACAACAAACCAACAAUCGCGGCUUCAAAAUGGUCUUUAGCUCGAACGAGACAACGUUGUGUCAGGGAUCUUUGGAUGAUGAUUCCGGUACAAUUUACGCGCCGCAGAGCAAUUCGUCGUACACGUGCGAAUAUGAGCGAACGCGACACUUUUCCAGCGGCACGUUGAUGUUGGAGCUAAAGGACAUCCGAGCAGGAAGUCGCAGAACGCCCGGUUGUCGGUAUUCGUUGUCGAAACUUGAGGUGCAAUGGAAAAGUGCUCCAGCUGACGUUGACUCGUAUUUUGCUCUGUUAUGCGGCAAUGAAACGCGAGAAGUUACUUUAUUUUCGCCUUUUUAUGAUAUUGUCAUCAGUGCGUACCAGACCUUCUUCAUGGGAGUCACGAAUUUCACGCUAAACUACAGACUUUUGAGUUGCGGCGGGCAGUUUAGCGGAAGCCGGAUCAUUGAACAACCAACAUUUGGCAAUACGCCAUCGUAUAGCAUCGGUUGCGGUUACUACAUCAGUCAAAAAAGUGACACUACAAUGCAUAUCGCUGUGAAAAAAUUGAAAUUAACGCAAACAUGCGACAAGGAAUACAUUCAAUUGCAUAACGGACCUACCCCGAUGAGUCCGCAUCUCGUACGUUACUGCGGAAAUUCGUUGCCAGAUGAGCCCUUGAACACCCAAAGUGCCCAUUUGUACCUUUUCUACUACUCCGAGACAUUUAAUCCGCAGAGCGAGUUCCGAAUUGACGUCGUUCCAACACGGGCAGCAUGUGGCGGUGUCAUUCACAUGCCAAUUAGCACCAUCUCAAGUCCCAGUAAGAACGGUACGUACUUCAAUAACAUGGAAUGCGUGUGGGAAUUGCGAGCUGAUGCCGGUUACACGAUCGAUUUGUGGUUCAAAGACAGAUUUUUCAUCGAAGAGGCGCCGGAUUGCAGCAAAGAUUAUGUCGAAAUCACGACUUUGACGAGUUUGGAUACCUGGACCUCGCUUGGAAAGUUCUGCGGACGUCAUUUGCCGCCAGUUUUUAACACAACAAGUUCUAAAGUAAAGGUGAAACUGCGUACAGAUGCCACAAAUGUCGGAGAUGGCUUCACCCUUGAAUGGAAACAAAAAUGCGGAGGAAUAUUUUUCGUAACGGACGACGUGAAAACGAUGAUUUCACCAAGAUACCCAGAGCCGUACGAUCCAAACUUGAAUUGUAAUUAUACAUUUGUGGCGCCAAGCUUGAGCGAUUAUAUCAACAUUGUCUUCAAGGACUUCCAGCUCGAGGAGACUAGUCGUCGUUGUAAUUACGAUAAUUUAACGAUUUACAAGUACAACGAAUAUUCCUACAAUUCGGACAUUUACGAGAAAAUGUCGACGUUCUGCCGAAAAGAUAGUCCCGGAAAUCUCCGACUCAAAGGAAAAGCAGUCAUUUUAUUCCAAUCGGACAUGUUCCAUGAAAAGGCAGGAUUUCUCUUUGAGUAUCACUUGGACCGGUGUGGCGGCGAUAUUAACGAAUCAACGAUUCUGGAGUCGCCCAAACAAGAUGACGACGGAAAUUUACCCGCUGGAAUCGACUGCGUGUGGCGAAUUUCAGCGCCCAUCGGGAAAAUUAUCGUCAUCCGAUUCGAAAAAGUCGAUCUGGAGCACAGUGAGGGAUGCAAUUAUGACUACAUCAACGUCUACCGUUCGCAUAACAUGUCAGAGGCGAAUCGUGCCGCCAAAUUAUGCGGCGACUUUUUGGAUCGAUCGAUUUCGUUGAAUAGUCAAACGGGUGUGCUUCAACUGAAAACCGAUUCGAGUAACAAUGCGGGAGGUUUUCGUGCGAGAAUUACCAUGACCACGCCAUGUGCCGAAACAAUCACCUUGAGAGACGUUAGUCCGAUCCACAAUAUCCAGGUGACGCAACAAAACUACGUUCCGAGCAUGGAUUGUCAUUAUUUGGUGCAAACGGACUUGGGAUACACGAUUCAGGGGAAAUUCAAUCGAAUGCAUGUCUUGCCAUGCAAUCACAAUGCGACAGAUAAUUGUUCGUGUAGCUUUGUGGAGGUGCGAAAUGGCAGAGGACCGUUUGCGGAAUUAAUUGGAAAGUAUUGUGGACACGAAAUUCCCGCUGGAUUUCAGUCUUCGGCAAAUUUCUUGUGGAUUCGGUUUGUUACGAGCUCGCAAAAUGAUUCUAGUUCCGGCAUUGAUGUUGAAUUGAAGAGAGUUCCGUCGGUUUGUGGGAUUGCUGCUGUUAAUGUGACCAAAAAUGAGACUUUUACAUUGGAGCCGCCGCGAGUCGGAGGGAAAUAUUUGAAAAAUUUGCAUUGUGUGUGGGCUGUGGAGACGGCAAUUAGUACGAAUUUCGAGAUUAUCGUGGAAAAUCUUGACAUGGAAGACCCUAAUGAUAAAGGCGAGUGUGUGAAUGACUUCCUGAAAAUCACAGACGACUCGGCGAAAGAUUAUAUCAAUGACCAAACGUUCGGUAAUGAAGUUAUUUACAAGGGACAAAGUGGUAGCAAAAUAUAUUCCUUCUACAUGGGGUUAUAUCGUCCUCAAGCACCGCAUGUUUUUUGCGGAAAAUCGAGCAGUAACAUAAUUUAUUACACCUCAUCGAAUAAGGUACAUGUUCGAAUCUCCACCAACAGCGACAUAGAAGGCGCAGGUUUCAAGUUGAAAUUCAUACCUGCCGGAUCCUGCCACGACUAUGACGGGCUUCAGGGUAGAAUUAACGUGAAUCAAGUGAAAACGUGCAAUUAUCUCAUCAAAGCGCCGCAAAACUACACAAUUUCCGUCUUUUUCAACAGCCUUUAUUUCUAUGAGGAUAACUGCACGUCAUCAGGUUUGAAAAUUUUCGAUGGUGAAGCUGCGACAGCGCCAUCUCUCGUCGCUUGUGGUUACACGCAACCAAAUCCCUUCUUCUCCACAUCGAAUAUCGUCAAAGUUGCCGUGAAUGCGCAACACGAAUUCUCGGGAAAUUACGAUUUGACCUAUGUGGCAACCGAUCAAGGUCGCGGAUGUGGCGGAACGAUACUCAAUUACGGCGGAAUGUUUACGAGUCCGUUGUAUCCGCAAAAUAAUCGGAAUGAAACGGAUUGCGUGUGGACGAUUCAUGUGCCGCGAAAUGUAAAAGUUGCACUUCGUUUUGCCGUUUUUGAUUUUGGUUCGAAGACAACGUGCAACGGAAAUUACGUGCAAAUAUUGGAGAAAAAUGCAGCAGGUGAGGAGGAGGUUAAACGGCAAUAUUGCGGAGAGGAUGAGCCCGCAGUGUAUCGAAGUGAAACCUCAAUUGUCGCAGUGAAGCUCAAGACAACAAGAAAUUUCGCUGGAACUGGAUUUAUUGCUAAUUUCAUGGGAGUUUCUGAAGAUUCUAAACUUCUUAUGUGAUGAUGUCAGCUCUGUAGUUUAAAAUUAUUAUCAAUGAACAAUUUUCAUUUGGAUCUUUCGAAGUUAUCAAUAUAAUUUCCAAUAAAUGCGUAGACUAAAUAAAUUUUUCAAUAAUUUCAA